GCUUCCCUGCCGUCCCCCUCCUCCCAGCGCAGCCCACAGAGCCCCCUUCGGCUCUGCCCAGCCCCGGCUUGGGGGCCCGGGGGCGGCGGCGGGUCCCGACCGGCUCCCGGGCCGAGCUGAGCCCAGCCAAGCCGCACUGGCUUCUUUGUCUGCGGGCGGCGGCCGCCCUGGCCCCGGCCCGGGUCCCCUGGCCCGGGCUGUGAGAUGAAUCUCUAAUCGGUGGCCGCCGGGCACCCGGGGCGAAGGCGGCUCGGGCUCCGGAUGCACUAGGUGUGGGCCAGCCCCCACCCCACCCUGACAACUGACCAUGGAUCCUGGAGCCGGGUCCGAGUCCUCUCUGACUGUCAAUGAGCAGGUCAUCGUGAUGUCAAGCCACGAGACCAUCCGAGUGCUAGAAGUUGGAGUGGAUGCCCAGAUCCCUGCUGAAGAUGAGGGCAAAGGACUGGAGAGUGUGGCUGCUGACAGCUCUCAGAGUGGAGGCCCUGCCGAAGCCAGUAACCCAGGACCAGACAACCCAGACCCCUCUGCAGAGGCUGUGAAGUCACUUCCCGGGAUCCCUCCGAACCCUGCCCCCRCUAUUGCCACCUUCAGCCAAGCCCCAAGCCAGCCUCAGGCAUCGCAGACCCUGACACCACUGGCUGUACAAGCUGCCCCCCAGGUCUUGACUCAGGAAAACUUAGCCACAGUUCUGACAGGAGUUAUGGUUCCAGCAGGGGCAGUUACUCAACCUCUUCUUAUCCCCAUCAGUAUUGCAGGUCAAGUGGCUGGGCAGCAGGGGCUGGCCGUGUGGACAAUUCCUACAGCAACUGUGGCUGCCCUCCCAGGACUGACUGCUGCUUCUCCCACGGGGGCACUAUUCAAGCCACCUUUAGCUGGUCUGCAAGCAGCUGCCGUGCUGAACACCGCUCUCCCGGCACCCGUACAAGCUACCCCACCAGUCCAGGCCUCUUCACCGGCCCAGCCCCGGCCACCAGCCCAGCCCCAGACACUGUUCCAGACCCAGCCGCUGCUGCAGACCACGCCUGCCAUCCUACCACAGCCCACUGCUGCCACCGCUGCUGCCCCCACCCCCAAGCCAGUGGACACCACCCCACAGAUCACCGUGCAGCCUGCAGGCUUCGCGUUUAGUCCAGGAAUCAUCAGUGCUGCUUCCCUCGGGGGACAGACCCAGAUCCUGGGCUCCCUCACUACAACUCCGGUCAUUACCAACGCCAUUCCCAGCAUGCCAGGGAUCAGCAGUCAGAUCCUCACCAAUGCUCAGGGACAGGUUAUUGGAACACUUCCAUGGGUGGUGAACUCAGCUAGUGUGGCAGCCCCAGCACCAGCCCAAAGCCUGCAAGUCCAGGCCGUGACCCCCCAACUGUUGUUGAAUGCUCAGGGCCAGGUGAUUGCGACCCUGGCCAGCAGCCCCCUGCCUCCGCCUGUGACGGUCCGGAAGCCAAGCACGCCUGAGUCCCCUGCUAAGAGUGAGGUGCAGCCCAUCCAGCCCACACCAGCUGUGCCCCAGCCUGCUGUGGUCAUUGCCAGCCCAGCCCCAGCAGUCAAGCCAUCUGCCUCUGCUCCCAUCCCAAUCACCUGCUCAGAGACCCCCACGGUCAGCCAGUUGGUAUCCAAGCCACAUACUCCAAAUCUGGAUGAGGAUGGGAUCAACUUAGAAGAGAUCCGGGAGUUUGCCAAGAACUUUAAGAUCCGUCGGCUCUCCCUGGGCCUUACACAGACCCAGGUGGGCCAGGCUCUGACUGCAACAGAAGGUCCAGCCUAUAGCCAGUCAGCCAUCUGCCGGUUUGAGAAGCUGGAUAUCACGCCCAAGAGUGCCCAGAAGCUGAAACCAGUGCUGGAGAAGUGGCUAAAUGAGGCUGAACUCCGGAACCAGGAAGGCCAGCAGAACCUGAUGGAGUUUGUGGGAGGUGAGCCCUCCAAGAAACGCAAACGCCGCACCUCCUUCACCCCCCAGGCCAUAGAGGCCCUCAACGCCUACUUUGAGAAGAACCCGUUACCCACAGGUCAGGAGAUCACCGAGAUUGCUAAAGAGCUCAACUAUGACCGGGAGGUAGUGCGAGUCUGGUUUUGCAAUCGGCGCCAGACACUCAAGAACACCAGCAAGCUGAAUGUCUUUCAGAUCCCCUAGGGCUUGGCCUCCAGCCCUGUGUUCCAGCACUUUGUAUUCUUCCCUUGACACCUGACUGUCUCCACUGCCAUGACAGAACCUGUCAUUUUGCCACAUCAUGAGACUCCACUGUGUGCAUGUGUCAAUGCCUCCCUCCUCUUUCCCACAUAUCUCAUAUCCUGGGGAGGCCAGAGGGGACCCAUGAGAGAGCCCCAGGUUCUGGGCUGAGCAUGACAAAGGAAAAGAUUUGUGGUGGUGCUUAGGGAAGCACUUUGCUAACAUGGUUUCUGAAGGGCAAAUUCUGGCUGGGAACCAGAUACUCCUGAGGACCAUUAGCUCUUGCUUUUGAUAACAUUCUCUCUCCACUUUCCUUUCUCCUUUACAUCUCCUUUACUGUGGAACCACAGCCUCACAUUACCUUCCCUCACUUCACCUACAGACAAACUAAACCCCUGAAAGGACUUAGGAUAUAAAUUCAGAAAAGUUGCCGGGUGCAGUGGUGCACCUGUAAUCCCAGCAGUUUUAGGAGGC